AUGGUGGCCUCUUCGUGGGCGCUCAUCCUCCUCAUCACCGCCUCCUUCGCCGCAGGGCCCGGCGCGACAACCUUCUCCAUCACCAACCGCUGCUCCUACCCGGUGUGGCCGGCCGCCAUCCCGGUGGGCGGCGGCAGGCGGCUUAACAGCGGCGACACAUGGAACCUCGAGGCCCCUGUCGGCACCAGCGCCGCCAGGAUCUGGGGUCGCACGGGCUGCAACUUCAACGGCGACAGAGGGAGCUGCGCCACCGGAUCUGAGUUUAGCCUCGGCUCGCAGGACUACUACGACAUCUCGGUCAUCGAUGGGUAUAACGUCCCCAUGGACUUCUCCUGCAGCACCGGCGUGCCGCUCGGGUGCCGGGACGCCGGCUGCUACGACGCGUACCACCAGCCCAACGACGUCAGGACCAAAUCUUGCGGCGGCGCCAGCAGGAGCUUCCGUGUUGUCUUCUGCCCAUGA